AUGCCGGACCAGAUCACCGUGUCGGAGUUCAUCGCGGAGACCACAGAGGAUUACAACUCCCCGACCACCUCCAGCUUCACCACCCGGCUGCAGAAUUGCAGAAAUACGGUCACGCUGCUGGAAGAGGCAUUGGAUCAAGACAGAACUGCGCUACAGAAGGUGAAAAAGUCUGUGAAAGCAAUAUAUAAUUCAGGUCAAGAUCACGUUCAAAAUGAAGAAAACUAUGCACAAGUACUAGAUAAAUUUGGAAGUAAUUUUUUAAGUCGGGAUAAUCCAGAUCUUGGCACCGCUUUUGUAAAAUUUUCCACGCUUACUAAAGAAUUAUCAACGCUGCUGAAGAACCUGCUCCAGGGCUUAAGCCACAAUGUUAUUUUCACUUUGGAUUCUCUCUUAAAAGGAGACUUAAAAGGUGUUAAAGGGGACCUCAAAAAGCCUUUUGAUAAAGCCUGGAAGGACUAUGAAACCAAAUUUACAAAAAUUGAAAAGGAGAAAAGAGAGCACGCAAAACAGCAUGGGAUGAUAAGAACUGAAAUAACAGGAGCUGAGAUAGCAGAGGAGAUGGAGAAGGAAAGGCGGCUAUUUCAGCUACAAAUGUGUGAAUAUCUUAUUAAGGUUAAUGAAAUCAAGACAAAAAAAGGUGUGGACCUUCUGCAGAACCUUAUUAAGUAUUACCAUGCACAAUGCAAUUUCUUCCAAGAUGGGUUGAAAACAGCUGAUAAACUUAAACAAUAUAUCGAAAAGCUGGCUGCUGAUUUAUAUAAUAUAAAGCAGACACAAGAUGAAGAAAAGAAACAACUUACUGCUCUUCGUGAUUUGAUAAAAUCUUCUCUGCAGCUUGAUCAGAAGGAGUCUAGGAGAGAUUCACAGAGCAGGCAAGGAGGGUAUAGUAUGCAUCAGCUGCAGGGGAAUAAAGAGUAUGGCAGUGAGAAGAAAGGUUAUCUUUUAAAGAAGAGUGAUGGGUUAAGGAAAGUAUGGCAAAGAAGAAAGUGCACUGUUAAAAAUGGAAUUCUUACCAUAUCACAUGCAACGUCCAACAGACAACCAGCUAAACUGAAUUUAUUGACCUGUCAGGUGAAGCCAAAUGCUGAAGAUAAGAAGUCUUUUGAUCUAAUAUCACAUAACAGAACAUACCACUUUCAGGCAGAAGAUGAACAGGAAUACGUAGCAUGGAUAUCAGUAUUGACUAACAGCAAAGAAGAAGCAUUAAAUAUGGCAUUCCGUGGAGAGCAGAGCACAGGGGAAAACAGUUUAGAGGAUCUGACAAAAGCCAUUAUUGAUGACAUACAGAGAUUACCCGGAAAUGAAGUCUGUUGUGAUUGUGGCUCACCAGAUCCAACAUGGCUAUCAACUAAUUUGGGCAUUUUAACCUGCAUUGAGUGUUCUGGAAUACACAGAGAAAUGGGUGUCCAUAUUUCUCGAAUCCAGUCUUUGGAAUUAGACAAAUUAGGAACGUCUGAACUCUUGCUGGCCAAGAAUGUAGGAAAUACUAGUUUUAAUGAUAUUAUGGAAGGGAAUUUACCUAGUCCUUCACCUAAACCCAGUCCAUCAAGUGAUAUGACUGCACGCAAAGAAUUUAUCACUGCUAAGUAUGUAGAUCAUAAGUUCUCUAGGAAGACUUGUGCAUCUGCAGCAGCUAAACUGAAUGAAUUACUUGAGGCUGUCAAAUCCAGGGAUUUACUUGCACUAAUUCAAGUCUAUGCAGAGGGGGUAGAGCUAAUGGAGCCACUGUUAGAGCCUGGACAGGAGCCAGGGGAAACAGCACUUCAUUUAGCAGUACGGACUGCUGACCAAACCUCUCUCCAUCUGGUUGACUUCCUUGUACAAAACUGUGGAAACCUGGAUAAGCAAACAGCAUUGGGUAAUACGGUUCUACACUACUGCAGUAUAUAUAAUAAGCCUGAGUGUUUGAAAUUGCUUUUGAGGGGGAAGCCAACUAUUGAUGUUGUAAACCAAGCUGGAGAGACGGCUCUGGACACAGCAAAAAGAAUGAAAGCUGUCCAGUGUGAGGAACUGCUUUCUCAAGCCAAGGCAGGCAAGUUAAACCCACACGUCCAUGUAGAGUAUGAAUGGAAUCUUCGGCAGGAAGAAAUUGAUGAAAGUGAUGAUGACUUAGAUGAUAAGCCUAGCCCUAUAAAAAAAGAGAGAUCUCCAAGACCCCAAAGUUUUUGUCACUCUUCAAGCAUUUCUCCCCAGGACAAAUUGACCCAUCCCGCAUUUAGCACUCCUAGAGACAAGCAAAGACUCUCCUAUGGAGCUUUUACCAAUCAGAUUUUUGCUUCUACGAGCACAGAUUCACCCACCUCUCCAACUGCAGAUGCUCCUCCUCUUCCUCCUAGAAAUGCUGGCAAAGUACCUGUUCUACCAUUAGCUGGAAUGCUCAUUCUUCCAUAUCUCUCAUUAAGUGGCCCACCUUCAACCCUCCCUCUAAGCACUCAAACCUCUAGUGGCAGCUCCACUCUUUCCAAGAAGAGACCACCUCCCCCACCCCCAGGACACAAAAGAACCCUCUCUGACCCACCAAGCCCACUACCUCAUGGACCCCAGAAUAAGGGCCCAAUUCCUUGGGGUAAUGAUUUGGGCCCACCUUCAACUAAGGCUGCAAACAAGUUUGAGGGAAUGUCUCAGCAAUCAAGCACUGGGACUGCAAAGACUGCACUUGGCCCUAGAGUUCUUCCCAAACUACCUCAAAAAGUGGCACUAAGGAAAAUAGAAACCAGUCAUCAUCUUUCAAUAGAUAAAUCCCAUCAGCACACGGAAAUCUUUCACAAACCCUCACUAUCCAUCGAUAUACCACAGAAACCACAACCUGGAGACUUGCCCCCAAAGCCUCUGCCUCUGGAAUUAACUCAGAAACCUCAUGUGGGAGAUUUACCCCCAAAGCCUGGAGAACUGCCCCCAAAGCCUCAGCUUGGAGAUUUACCACCAAAACCACAACUUGGUGACUUACCUCCAAAGCCACAAAUGAAGGACCUUCCUCCAAAACCUCAGCUGGGGGAGCUUUUGGCAAAAACUCAAGGUGGAGAAGCAUCACCGAAGCCUCAGCCCUCAGAGGCAAAUCAAAAAUCUCACUCCUUAGAUCUUUCUCCAAACGUACAAUCUAGAGACACCGUCCAAAGGCAAGCAUCUGAAGAGUCCAAUGACAUAACACAUACCCUGACAGAAACUCCUGUGCCACUUCCCAGGAAAAUAAAUAUGGGGAAAAACAAAGUUAGGCGAGUGAAGACCAUUUAUGACUGUCAGGCAGAUAAUGAUGAUGAGCUCACAUUUGUUGAAGGAGAAGUAAUUAUUGUAACCGGUGAAGAGGACCAAGAGUGGUGGAUUGGCCACAUCGAAGGACAGCCAGAGAGGAAAGGGGUCUUUCCAGUGUCCUUUGUGCACAUUCUAUCAGACUAG